AGUCAGGAACAAGUUAGCAUUUCAUUUCGGGGAGCACCAUUGGACUAUACACAUCAGAACCAUAGCAAGAGGAUUGUUUUUUAGAUUUACAGAAGGAGUUGCCCGGAAACUAUGUCGACUUGAAUGUCACUUUUGUAACUUUUUUUCCAAAUCAUGUAUGUGGGAUACCUCUUGGAUAAAGAAGGCAGCAUGUAUCACCAAGGACCUGUAAGACGAUCGGGAAUCAACAUCCCACCACAGAACUUUGUUCCCACGCCACAAUAUUCCGACUUUACUGGAUACCAUCAUGUGCCAAACAUGGAUACUCAUACACAGUCUUCGGGGGCUUGGGGAGCUCCUUAUGUCGCACCGAGGGAGGACUGGGGCGCCUAUAGUCUGGGGCCUCCAAACACUAUUCCUACGCCCAUGAACAACUCCUCACCGGGACAAGCUUCCUAUUGCUCACCUGAAUACAAUCCCAUGCACGCGCCAGGGUCAGCAGUAUUGCAACCACCUCCAGAUAAUAUUUCUGUUGCUCAACUUUCCCCGGAUAGAGAAAGGCGCAAUUCUUCUUACCAGUGGAUGAGCAAAACGGUACAAUCAUCUUCUACGGGCAAAACAAGAACGAAGGAGAAAUACAGAGUGGUUUACACCGAUCACCAGAGACUGGAACUGGAGAAGGAAUUCCAUUUUAAUCGUUACAUCACUAUCAGAAGAAAGUCAGAACUUGCGGGGAACCUUGGCCUUUCAGAACGACAGGUGAAGAUCUGGUUUCAAAAUCGCAGAGCCAAGGAGAGGAAAUUAAUCAAAAAGAAAAUGGGAUCUGAUGGCAGUGGAGGAUCAGUGCACAGUGACCCGGGUUCAGUGAGUCCUCUGCCCGUACCAGGCUCACUCAGUCCGUCGGAUAUUCACGGCUCUCUCUACCCACCCCCAGGAAUGAACAACUUGCCAUCUAUUAGGAACAUACAGCAAGUUACUGUCACUCAGUAGAAUCGAAUUUAGACCAUCCAACAUAACUGAGCACUCCAACACGCUGAAAGGACCGUUCCUCAAGACUUGGAUUCCAAGGGAUUAUUCAAACGUCCUGAAGAACAUGUUGUGGAUUAGGAGAUUUCGAGAAACAAGAUGAUUUAUAACUGCAACAAAAUGCUGGAGGCUCUUGAAAUAUUGUUUUUAUAGAAUAGUUCUAAUAAUAAUUCAAAAGAACAUACAAAAAUCAACAUAUGGUUCAGACAUGUAAUGCUUAAAUGGUUUGUUUGUGUCUGAGUUAUAGAGAUAUAAAUAUAAUUUUCUGUAGAUUAUGUAAUGAAGUGUAUAAGUGUUUGUAAAUAAAAUAAAAAAUCAGGUACAUUUUAUUUGAAGUUUAUCUGGAAUGAAAAGGGAUAUCAUUAAUUUGGAGCUUUUAUAAUAGCUUGACAAACUAUGCAUUUUCUGCUCCAAUUUGAUUGCAAAGCACACUUUCGUAACUUUUUUCUACAUGGGCAAGUGAAUCAGGUUUUAAGUGAGA